CACAUGUUAAACAUGGCUGACACAGGGAAGGUCCGUAACGUGAUCGCAGAUGCUGGAGCAUUCAUCCGAAAUGCUCCUCUCCAGAGUAUCGGAGAGAAGAUCUAUUCACUACCAGAAGUUGUGAAGGAGAUCCGUGACAAAGCCACAUUGCAGCGACUACAAGUGUUACCCUACCAGCUCCAAUUCAGACAGCCUUCCCCAGAGUCUAUCAGAAUAGUAACAGAGUUUGCUAAGAAGACUGGAGACUACCGAAGUCUGUCUGCUGUAGAUAUCAAGGUCAUGGCCUUGACCUAUCAGCUGGAGAAAGAAGUUGUGGGGUCAAGUCACAUCAAGGUCGUACCAGAGAGAAAGAUUGAGUGGAAUGCUACCAGGAAAAUGUUAGAAAAACCAACAGAUAUUGCAGGCUUUUACUUAAGUUCAAAGGCAAACAAAUCAAGGACAACCUCAGAGUGUACAUCAGAUAUGACAGAAUCCAGAGGAGACGAAGCACAUGAUACACAAGAAGUGAUUACAUCAUCAGAAGGUGUUGACAUCAAUUGUGAAACUAUAGAAACAGUGGAGAAAGAUGACAGAAUAAAUACAGACAACAGUUGUCAGCCUGACACAAUACCGUACACAGAAAACGAGGAUAGUGUAAAUGGUGGUAGUUGUAGACUUUUAAGUGAAGGGGAUACCCUUUCUGCAGAUAUUCUUGAAGAAGAAAGUGACGAAGAUGAUGAUGAAGAUGAGGAUGAUGAUGAUGACGAUGAUGGAUGGAUCACACCCAGCAAUAUAAAGGCUGUAAAGGAGAGGAUGGGAGAUGUAAAUACAGAAAGAGCUGAUGUGGCUGUUGGCUGUCUUACUACUGAUUUUGCUAUACAGAAUGUACUGAUACAGAUGGGCCUGAAUGUGAUAUCUGUGGAUGGGAUGUUGAUCAGAAAAGCCAAGAGCUAUGUCCUCCGCUGCUUUGCCUGUUUAAGGAUCACCAGCAAUAUUUUAAAAGAGUUCUGUCCUUCAUGUGGUAACAACACACUACAGAAAGUCUCUAUGACAGUGGAGGAGGAUGGUACUAUUCGCUACUUCCUGUCUAGACGUAAACCGAUUAGCACUCGGGGCACAAAGUUUUCUUUACCAUUACCGAAGGGAGGUAAACAUGCUGUGAACCCCAUACUGGCAGAGGAUACACCUGUUCCCCAACAAAGAGCUACACGCAAGUCAAAACAGAAAUUGGACGCUUUAAACCCUGAUUUUAUUACUGGUGGCUCUCCCUUCAGUGUCAAUGACAUCACAAGCCGUGCCUCACAGCUAGGGAUCAGACAAGGGCGUUCUUCUAAUGCAUUCAACAAAAGAAACCCAAAUGCAGUGCGCAAAAAUUAUGGAAAAAGGAAAUAAUUUAUCUUUCUGUAAA